UCGAGUAGUACAGAUACUUUGGUAAUGUAGCGUGUAAACGGUGAUUUUCAUCCGAUCAUUUUACAACGAAAGAAGAUGGGGAACUGUUGCACGAGCGACCCUGGGGUUGUCCUUCCACCCCCGCGGCCAGACACAAUCAUAUACGGAAAAGACGGAUUUGAAGCCUACAGAUGGGUUCACCGUUCCGCGGGACGCCCUUUGCCUGAUAGCGCAGUUAAGGGGGGCAGGGAUUCGGACGGAACCGAUAUAUUUGUCGGUCGGGCUUUCCACCAGGGUGAUAUGCUUCCUGCAAAAGUAAUACCAGAAAAACAUAUCGCCUACGUUAGCUGGGGUGGCGAAGAGCACCCAAAACACGAGUUCGAGGUAUUAUGCCAAGGCGAAUUUUCCUGGGAAUUCUGCUCCAACGGUGAAAUACCCUCCGACGCGGUCGUUGCCGGUCAAACGUCGGAUGGCGAGCCCCUCUACGUUGGGCGUGUGCUUCACAGCGGGUCUCAGAGCAUUGGCAAGGUCCAAGCGAGCCACGGGUGUCUCUAUAUCCCCUACGACGGAGAAGAACUCUCCUUCAAGGACUACGAAGUUUUGGUUCUACAUUGAUUGUUAGCAUGAAAAUAUUUUUGAUAAAGUUUCACCGUAUUGCAUAAACUGUCGCUGUUGAAAAA